UAAGAUUAUCUCCAAUGGAUUUCCUCUAUAAUAGAGAUGUUCCAAAAGUUUUCCCUAUUUUUUCAUAGAGAAAAAACAUAUCAGUUCAACUUAUAUUAAAGUAUUAUAUUAGUGAUAUUUUAUUUUUUAUACGGUAACUUAAUCAGUUCAACUAAAACCCCGAAUUAAACUCGCCAUAUACCAUGAAAGUAUAUUUUUUACACAAUCUUAAGAUUGUACUUUACAAAAUUUGUUCAGUUUUGUAACAGGUGUACAUAUGAGAAAUGCUACUUUUUUUGAGAAGAAGGGCAGCUAGAUAGAAAUUAAAUUAAAUAAUGAAGAAACAAGUGAGACACCGGCGACUACAAAGUUUCGAUUUUUAGGUAUGCUGGUGUGAAGAUCAUGGCUCAGGGUUAGUCAAAGUUUCGAUUUUUAUGUAUGUUGAUGUGAAGAUUAUGGGUCAGGGUUAGUUAAAGUUUCAGUUUUUACUUGGAUAGAAUCAUCUUUGCCUAGUCUUUUGGAAUCUUAAGUCGUAUGGUAGACUAGUUUAGGAAUGGGUGAUUGUGAAAUUGCUUGUUACAGGAAAAAUCGGGAAUUGCUAAUUAUGGAUCACAAAGGGAAGCCAACAAUAGAUUAACGAAUCAAAAUUUGUUAGGAUAGAAGCCAGCCUUGAUCUGUCGUUAAGAGAAUUACGACCCUUGAAGUUAUCUUCCCAACCAGCUUCUUUGUGAUUUUUGAGAGAGAAAAACAAAUCUGAUUUUCAUGAAUUCCAAAACAAAGCUCCAAUGUCGGAGCUGCUUCCUCCUCCUCCCCCUCCUCCUCCGCCUCAUCAUCAUCAUCCUACAAGGAGGGGUUGUGGAUUCGGCGAUCCCGCAUUGUUUUUCCCUGAGUUUGCUGCUAAGCAACGCGGUCUCGAAAAAGUUAUAGAGGAAGAUGGAGAAGGGGAAGAUAGCAGCUAUGGCGAAGGCUCUUUUGAUCUGAGUUCCAGGUUCUCUAGUCCUUGUAUCUCUCGUAACGGGUUUGAUGAUGUUGAUAAUCCUAGAAAGCUGCCUCCUUCUGGAUUGAGGGAGGAGUCUUCGUCGUUGAAGCUCUCUGGUUUCAGAGAGGAUGAAGAAGCCGACCGGAGUAGAAACUCUGGUUCCUUAGUGGAUCGUAUCGGUCAGGGGGAGGAGGACAAGAGGCUAUGCGCCUCGGGAUGUUUCAGAAAAUGCUGCCCUUGUACCUGCAUGCUUGUUUUCAUUGUCCUUGUCAUCGUCUUGUUGACAGGAUUGUCUGUGAACACUUCAAUCAAAUCUAAACUGCCUCAGGUGCUUGUCAUGAAUCUCAAGUUCUCGAGACUUGAUGUCGUUAAAUCAACGACGGAUCUUCUGAUGAAUGCGAACUUGAACACGGUUCUUCAGCUCUCUAACCAAAACGACAAGACAGUGCUGUAUUACAGCCCCAUGAAAGCUGAUGUCUCUUCUGAGAACAUAAACCUCGGAAAGAAAACGCUUCAUGGAUUCAAGCAGGACCCUGGUAACGUUACCUCUUUGAAGAUCCCCACUAGACUGAGACAGUCCAAGGUUUAUGAUGUUGAUGCUACGUUGCUGACAAACAAAGAGAAGAAUCUUGAAGCUGUGGUUGAUGUGUACUUGAGAGGGAAAUUGAGUUUUGAUUGGUUGGGAUUUAGUGUUCAUAUACCAAUUGUUAUUGCUUGCGAGGAAGUGAAGCAGAGUGAUGUGAUAAAUGGACUCAAGCCAACGUGUGAUGUUCGAAUCUUUUCCCAAUGAAAACAAUGAGACCCUCUCUGAUCUUUGUUUUGUUUUGUUCUGUUUUUAUUUGCUGUUGUUAAUUUUCUUGUUGUAGAUUGGAAACAUAGAAAAAGAGAAGUGAUUCAACUCUUGUUUCUCUAAAACUAACAUCAAGAGAAGUUAUUUUACU